UAGCAAGUAUUAUUUUUUAUGAUUUCUUUUCUUGUGGUUUUGGUUAAACAAUGGAGUGCAUCUUUUAAUUUGCAACUUAUUUAUUGAUUGUUUGCGUUUACAGAAACAAUUGGUAUAAUCAAAUUAGCUAGAACAGUGUUUCUCUUAUAUAUUAAAAUCCGCAUCUUAUAGUUUUGAUAUUGUAAUAUCGUUUUCGAUAAAAGUAAAGUGUGUGUAUUUGUUUUCUUUAUACUUGAUUGUCCAUUUUUCUGGUUGUUGUUUGAUUUAAAUAACCUUUCAUCAAUUGACGGGAAGUAGCAAAUUAAAAAACUCGAGAAAACUUACUAUAAGUCUAAUUUUUUGAACUAUUAUUAAGAAUAGUUUACUUGUUGAAAUAAAUUCAGUGAUUAGGAACUAAAUCUCUUCCUGACAUACUUCUCACGGCUCAUUUUAUCUUCAUAAUUUCUUUUCGGGUGCAUUUUUGCUCACGAAUCAUUAUUAUCAAGUGAUGAUAAUACUCACAACUCUAUUUAUCAUUGUUUGAUGAGUUUAAAUUUUAAGGUCUGUAUCUAUUUACUACACAUAUGUAAAAUUUAAACUCAUUUUACGAUAAUAAAUAAAGUAGUGAGAAUCACUAUCACUUGAGAAUAGUAAGCAGAACUAUUCCUUUUCUUUUUUUUUUUUCUUUUGGUUCUUCUUUCUCAUUUUUGUAUGGCAUCUGCUACUGCUUUGUUCUUAAAUGUAGAAAUGAAUUCCCCUUAUUGAACCUCGUUUGGUCAAGUCUGAUUAAAGCACUCCAACCAACCCAACAAAUACGAGACAGGUGGCACCAAAGCACCAUGGCGAGCAAAGUUUCAUACUUUCCAUCUUCUCAUAACAUGUUUAAGAGGAUCACAUUCAUCUUGUUGGUUGGAUUGCUGGCGUGGGCAUAUCAGGCCACCCGACCACCACCUCCGAACAUCUGUGGUUCGCUUGGCGGUCCACCCGUCACAGCGCCUAGAAUAAGGCUAAGGGAUGGAAGAUUUUUGGCCUACAAGGAACAUGGUGUUCCAAAACAAAUGGCCAAGUACAAGAUUAUCUUUGUUCAUCCCUUCUUUAGUUCCCGACAUGAUCCAAUCAUUGCAACAGCCGUCUCUCCGGACGUUAUUGAAGAUUUAGGUGUGUACAUUGUGUCUUUCGACAGACCAGGGUACGGUGAAAGUGAUCCGGAUCCUAAGCGGACAACGAAGAGCUUGGCGUUAGAUAUAGAGGAGCUUGGUGAUCAGCUGGAACUCGGAUCCAAAUUUUAUGUGAUUGGAUACUCAAUGGGAGGACAGGUCAUCUGGAAGUGUCUUCGGUACAUCCCUCAUAGGCUAGCUGGAGCAGCACUGAUCGCUCCGGUGAUUAACUACUGGUGGCCAGGACUUCCUGCCAACCUGUCAUCUUAUGCCUAUAAGAAGCAAGCUCCACAGGAUCAAUGGGCGCUUCGAGCUGCCCACCAUAUACCUUGGUUAACCUACUGGUGGAACACUCAGAAUUUCUUUCCUAAACACAGCAUUUUUUCCGGGAAAGUAGAGAAUAUGUUUUCCCGCCAAGAUUGGGAAACCAUUAGGAAUGCAAAGGUUUGUGGAAGAGAAAAGCACAAGGCAUAUGCCACUCAGCAAGGAGAAGCUGAGUCCAUCUUUCGCGAGAUGGUAGUUGCAUUUGGGAGCUGGGAAUUUGAUCCUAUGGAUCUGCAGAACCCUUUUGCCAGCAACGAAGGCUCGGUCCAUCUAUGGCAGGGUGACGAAGAUAAGCUUGUACCAGUUGAGCUGCAACGCUAUAUUGCCGAAAAGCUUCCAUGGAUUCACUACCAUGAGUUACCAGGUGGUGGACAUUUGUUGCCAGCUGCAGAUGGAAUGAGUGAAGUCAUCUUAAAGGCACUUCUAAUUAAAGAGUAGACCAUUGACGUCGUCGAUACAGGGCAGCUCUCUCAGAGAUGCUACAUCAUAGAAACGAUACAAUAUCGUUUUUUUUUUUGGAGAUGCUGUAUUGGUAUGGUUGUAAUCAAAAUUUUAUAGUGAUAAAAGGGACUCGUCAAGAGUAAGACUUUAAACGGACUCUCUAUACUUUAUGUUUUUUACACAAUAUUUUAUAAUGUUCGCACAAUAAUUGAUAUUAAACUAUAAAAUAUCAGAGAGUCAAUAAAAUAUUUCACUUGGAAGAGAA